AUGAGCAGCGUAUCCGCCUUUAGCAAACAACAUCAGCACACAGCCUCCGAGCUUUACAAAUACCAUUUUGUUGCUGGUGCCACUGCCUUGUCGUUGUCGUAUUCAUGCAUGCAUCCUCUCGAUACGAUUAAAACCCGCAUCCAAGCCGAUCCCAAUCAUUCGCUCCGUAAAGUAUUUACUCGUGAGACGCUUCGCAGCUUGGGCAAGGGAUUUUUCGUUUCUGCGCUUGGUGCUGCAGGCCAAGGAGGUGCACGUUUUAGCACGUAUGAAUUUUGCAAGAGCCAACUGGUGAACGAAAACAACAAACGCUAUGCCAUUCCUGCCACUGCCUUGUCAGCCGUGUUGGGUGAUCUCGCUUCCAGUGUUAUCAAAGUGCCUCGAGAAGUCGUUACAGCCAAACUUCAAACCGAUCAUUAUGCUUCUGCUGCUGCUCCCGGUCAUCGCGUCAGCGCCUCCUAUGUCAUUCAACAAACACUCAAAGAAGAAGGACCCCGUGGUCUCUUUAGAGGAUUCUGGGCUAUUGCUGCACGCGAUUCACCUUUUAUGGUCAUCUUGCUUGUCUCUUAUGAAAACUUUAAAGCAUUCCAUCAUCGAUCUGUACGAAGGGAUUGGAUUCAACGUAUGCACCAACAACACCACCAUGUCGUUGCUCAUGCUGCCUUUGAAGAAUGGGAAGCCGAUAUCCCUACCAUGCGAUCCAUCUUGUAUGGUGGUGUCAGUGGUUUCUUGGCUGGUUACUUUACGACACCUAUGGAUGUUCUCCGCACACGAAUGAUCACUGAAAAGAAACGCCAAGCAGUAUCCGUAGUCUCUGUGGCGCAAAACAUGUAUCGCAAUGCACAAGGUUCUCCUAUCCGCGUAUACCGGGAAUUCUUUGCAGGUGCUAUGCCACGCAGCAUGUGGUGGUUUGGCAUUUGUGGCAUCUUUUUCCCUACCUACGAAACCCUCAAAUCAGUCAUGUAUUAA